AUGACUGAAUAUCCUAAAUUUGCAACUAAAGACACACCAUUUUCAAUUAGUUUUAAUAAUGGUAUUAAAGAUAAUAAUAAAGUUAUAGGUAUAUAUAAUCAGCAUUAUGCAGUUUGUUUAAAAGGGAAUGAUGGUGGUAUAAUAACACUCUACGAUUUAAACAAUAAUAACCAACAAUUUAAACAAUUUUCAAAUGUUUGCAAAAAGCAUAAAGAUUGUGACAGAGUUGCAAACAUUAUUGAUAAUGAUACUGUAUUUAUUGAAUGUUUAUUCAGUGAUUACCAUUAUCACUAUUCAAUGAUAAACCUAUCCAACGAUCAAUUAUAUGAAAGUAAAGAUUAUUUUUAUGGUAAAGCUAAACCAACCAGUAAUUGCAUGUUAACUGAAUGGAGCAGAAUUAAGGUACCAUCGAUUCAAGAUCCAAAUGUAAAUUUUGAGUUUAUUAAAGUAGUCUGUUUUAAUUUUGUUACUGGUCAAGAAGAGUUUGUGCAUGUAUUUAUACCUUUCCUAGGCGAAACUUUUACAUCGAUUUCAAUCAAUAAAGAAAAAACCAAACUUAUUAUAUCCUCUUUAUUUAAAGGUUAUACUAUCAUCAGUGUAAGAUCGAUAGAGCAAAGUGAAAGUCCCUAUAACAUCAUACAACUAUGGACUUUGGGAAAAGACGAUGAGUUAUUAAGUUUAAACUUAAAAGAUGACAAAAAAGUAAUAAUUCAUUCAAAACUAUCGAUUCUUGUAUAUGACAUGCCAACAAACAGGUAUUGGUACAUCCUACCCGAACCCGGGUCUAUUACCGAAGUGGGUAGUCUUGUUCAAGUAAUAGACAACAUUUUAGUACAUUGGUAUAGGCACAGAAUCAACGAACAGGGUUAUUUGUUUUUAAAUUUUUGGGAUAUUCAACAAGAUGUUUCAAUUAAAUCGAUCAAACUUGACCCAAAAUAUGCAUCAAACAAUCCACCAGUUUCAAUAACCUCUAAUAACGAUAAAUCAAAACUUUUGGUUAUUAAUAAUAAUGAAAUUCACACAUUGGAUUUUAAUUAA